CAACAGAAUAUCUCUCAAGUAGUUUAUACCCAACAAUUUCAGAUAUUUGCUUAACUAUUGGUGGGCUUAUUCGACAUUUUGAUCAAUUUAUUGAUAAAUUACAAUUGGAAGAAGAAGAAGAGUAUCUGAAAAAAAAAACUGCAGCUAUUACUAACUUACGUCAAGAAAUGGUUCAUUCUAAAUUAUUGGCUUUAGAGGAGCAAGAAACUGAACAACUACCACCAGAAGAAGAAUUAGAUUUAUACUUAGCUUUGUCUAUAUGUAAAACUAAUUCUCUUAGUUGGUGGGAACAAAAUGAGUAUAGAUUUCCAACUUUAGCAACAAUGGCACAUAACUAUCUUGCCAUUCAAGGAACAAGUGUUCCUUGCGAAGAGGCUUUUUCUGUAGCAGCAAGAACGAUUACAAAAGUUCGUAGCUGUCUUCUUCCUGAAACUGCCCAGGCAUUACUUUGUCUAAAAAGUUGGAUGGAACAAGAU